UUUACUCUACUGUUGACUUUUGAUACCAGUUGUUAUCAGUAUCCUUUCAUUCUCCUCAUCCUAAAAAUACCCUAUAUUCUCUUUCAAAGCUAUUUCCAUUUUGGCCUGCUUGGUCGACCAUCUUUUUCUCUAAACUCUAUCUUGACGAAGGUCGAUUCAGCCGUGAAGAAUUGCUGUCAACCGUCGGCACUUGGAAUAUUCAAGCAAGGAAUCUGAGAGAGUCGUGAAAACCGCUACAGCUCUAUUAGCCAUUCAGGAACUGAGCGGAGAUGUCUUGCCCUUCUGACAACUCAACGGCUGUGGAUGAUGAGUUUUGGAGUUCGGAUGGAAUACAUUGGGAUGCCCACCGUAUUGGAUGGGCUGUUGCGGGGGGCUGUGCUAUCCUCACAGUUCUAAUUACUCUUUUCACCCUCACCAUGCAUGCCACGCGGUACAAGCACCCUCCGGCGCAAAGACAAGUGAUGAGGGUUCUCCUCAUGCCUCCCGUCUAUGCCGUCGUAUCAUUCUUCUCAUAUCGGUACUACAAAUCCUACGAAUACUAUAUCCUUGCCGAAACGGCAUACGAAGCCAUCACACUUUCUGCAUUCCUCAUGCUUCUCAUGGAACUCGUUUCGAUGGGUACGAUAGACCUGCAGAUCAAGUCCGUGCUGGCGGAGAAGGAUAAGAUGAAGUUUCCAUUCCCAUUUGGCUUUUGGCGAUUCAGAGCGUCCAAGCCAUACUUUUGGCAUGCACUCAGUUUCAGUGUGAUGCAAUACGUUGUCCUCCGACCUUUAAUCUCCAUCAUUGGUAUCAUCUGCGAAUACUACGGCGUCCUAUGUCCGGAAGAGUACUCCAUCCAUUUUGCAGAAGUGUACCUGGACGCGGUCGACUUUGUCUCAAUCUCCGUUGCGCUGUACGGAUUAAUCGUUUUCUAUGUGCUUUGUAAAGACGAGUUGAAAGGGAAGAAGCCUUUAAACAAGUUUCUGGCAAUCAAGCUUAUCGUCUUCUUCACGUUCUACCAAAGCUUCUUGUUCUCCAUCCUCCAAAGUCAUGGGGUCAUCAAGGGCACUGCCAUGUGGACUGCGACCAACGUUUCUGACGGUCUUUCUGCGCUUUGUACAUGUGUCGAAAUGGUCUUUUUCAGUGUCUACAUGGGGUGGGCGUACAACUGGACCGACUAUACCGACCCGGAGAAGAACCCUUACCAGCGCGACACCAACUUUAGAACGUACCUGCAAGCCAUUUGGGACACGAUCAACCUUUCCGACUUUUGCUCUGAAAUUUAUCUUGCUUGCAAGUUUUUUGUCGAUUACGCUCGAGGGAAGCCGGGAACUCGUUCGGGUGCUACCAAAUUGCAAAAGACUUUCAUGCCGCAUACUAUUCCAGAGGAGAGUCAAGAAAUGGGUAUGAUUGCCAGCUACAACGCUGGAGGCGGGUACGACAAUGAAUACGAACAAGAUAAACACAAGCUCCAAAACAAUACCAAAGGAGGGACAAUCUUCUCCUCAAGCAAGCCUUCAGGGUUGUUGGAAGAUAAUGAUUCGGGCGACGACACUUAUGCACCCAUCAGGUCACCGGAGGGUACAGCAUAUAGUAGAGUACGGGAGGGGCAUGGGAGGGAUGAGAGUGCGUUCGAACCGUGGCCACAGGAAAGGCCGACGGGACAGGAGGCGCAUCGGCAUCAGUUUUAGCCAAGAAUAGAGCUUGGUGGGUUUGGGUCGAUGGUAGAAAAAUAAGGGAUGGUAGCUGUUUGGAAGAAGAAGAUGGAGAUCAUGGCAUCCCCCGGGGGGAUCCGGAUAUUGAUACUUUUGGUUGUCUUUCCUCAUUCAUUGUUUUCUUGACGGACAUGGGCAAAUGGCAUACUGCGAAAGUUACUGUAUUGCUACAAUAGAUGCAUUA